AACUCGGGCCCGACCUUGUCUGGCUGUCGGCUUUCUCUGAACGGCUUAUUCGGCGGCAUAUUCAAUCCAAUAUGCCAUGCUAGACAAGGGGCAAUUUUCAGAAAGCACCUUAAGCCCCUAUAUAAUACGAUGAAUCCCGAGUGAAAGACGACACUGUUCUUAGCAAGCAAAGAGAAAUGUCUCUAGUCCAACCCUCCGAUUCCUCGCCAGAACCGGCAGACGAGAAACCAAAAGUCGAAUACGGGGAUUUCCCCGAGGGCGGCAUCCGAGCCUGGCUGGUGAUACUGGGGGCAUACUGUGUGUCUUUCUCGACGUUUGGGUACAUGAAUGCAUACGGAGUCUACCAAGAAUACUACUCGUCGCACUUCUUAUCUCAUGAAUCGCCGUCAUCUAUCUCGUGGAUCGGAUCUAUCCAGGUAUUUUUUCUCUACGCUGGCGGUCUCGUAGGGGGACCUUUGUUCGAUCGUUAUGGCGUAAAGGUAAUAUACGUGCCAGCCCUCGCAGCCAUUGUGUCGGUGAUGAUGACCUCCCUGUGCACCGAGUACUAUCAGUUCAUACUCGCUCAAGGCCUGCUCGGCGGCCUGGCAUCCGGGAUUCUCUUCGCGCCCGCCAUGACCUGCGUGAGCCACUACUUCCGCAGGCGCCGUGGGGUGGCAUUGGGUCUGACGGUGACGGGCUCUUCGACGGGCGGCGUCAUCUUCCCUAUCGCCCUAACCCGGAUGUUGAAGUACAGGUCGCUCGGGUUCGGGUGGUCGGUCAGGAUCGUCGGCUUCAUCAUCCUAGUCACGAUGACAGUCGCCGUACUCACCCUCAAAGAGCGUCUACCUCCUCGACGCGGUGCCGUCUUGCUGCCGUCCGCCUUCACACAGCGCGCGUACAUCCUGACCACCGCGGGCAUCUUCUUCAUGACCUGGGGGCUCUUCACGCCGUUCUUCUACCUGCCCCAGUACGCCCUGCAGCAGGGCAUGGGCCACGACCUCGCCGACUACAUGCCCGCGAUCCUGAACGCCGCCUCGGCCUUUGGUCGCGUUGUGCCCGGCCUCGCCGCCGACAAGGUCGGGCCCUUUAACACGAUGCUGGUCGAGGGCACGUGCACAGGCGUCCUGCUCCUGUGCUGGCUUGCCAUUCGGUCCAACGCUGCCAUAAUCAUCUUCGCCGCCCUGUACGGCUUCUUCUCCGGUGGCAUCGUGUCGCUCAUGUCGCCUUGCUUUGCGCGCAUCACCCCGCACAUGAACCAGUUCGGCACCUAUCUCGGCAUGGCCAUGGCCGUCCUGGCCGUUGCAGGCUUGACGGGAACUCCCAUCUGUGGAGCCAUGGUCCAGUCUUACGGAGGGUACUCCGAGUGCGCCAUCUUUAGUGGCGUCGCCAUGUUGUUUGGGUCUUUACUGGUUGCCUGGGCUCGCCUUGACAUCCAGGCCGGCCUGUGGCAGAAAGUCUAAUCACGAAGCAAGAUCGCUGUUAGGGAUCUCGAGUGGUAUUGAAAGGAGUGGGAUAACGUGGUGGGAUGUGUAGUGGCAUAUAAUGCAAGAACUUUUGGGCAGUUGGGUCAUCGUGGC